AUGGCCUCUACCCUUACCUCCUCUCUAUCUGCAAACCUCAAAUCCUCUUUCUUGGAUCACAAAUCAUCCUUCCAUGGUGCAGCUAUCACCACUGCUACACGCUUCACUCCAAUCAAAUCCACCUCUCCUGCCAUUACCAUGUCCUUAACACAACCUUCAUAUGAUCUUCAAUCUUUUAAGUUCCAGCCCAUCAAAGAAUCCAUCGUCUCUCGUGAAAUGACCCGUCGCUACAUGACAGACAUGGUUACUUAUGCUGACACUGAUGUUAUCGUUGUUGGUGCUGGAUCUGCUGGUCUUUCUUGUGCUUAUGAGAUAAGCAAGAACCCUUCAGUUCGUGUUGCUAUAAUUGAACAAUCAGUUAGCCCUGGAGGUGGUGCAUGGCUUGGUGGCCAGUUGUUUUCUGCUAUGGUUGUGCGUAAACCAGCUCAUAGAUUUCUUGAUGAGCUUGAAAUUGAAUAUGAUGAGACAGAUGACUAUGUGGUUAUCAAGCAUGCAGCUUUGUUCACUUCAACAAUCAUGAGCAAACUCUUGGCUAGGCCUAAUGUGAAGCUGUUUAAUGCUGUGGCAGCAGAGGAUUUAAUAGUGAAAGGAGGGAGAGUUUCUGGUGUGGUUACUAACUGGGCUUUAGUGUCUAUGAACCAUGACACUCAAUCUUGCAUGGACCCUAAUGUUAUGGAGUCUAAGGUUGUGGUUAGUUCUUGUGGACAUGAUGGGCCUUUUGGUGCCACUGGUGUUAAGAGAUUGAAGAGUAUUGGCAUGAUUGACAGUGUUCCAGGAAUGAAAGCACUAGACAUGAACACGGCCGAAGAUGCAAUUGUUAGGCUUACCAGGGAGAUAGUGCCUGGUAUGAUUGUUACAGGCAUGGAAGUUGCAGAAAUUGAUGGAGCCCCAAGAAUGGGUCCAACAUUUGGGGCAAUGAUGAUCUCAGGGCAGAAGGCUGCACAUUUGGCUUUGAAGGCUUUGGGGCAGCCAAAUUUCCUAGAUGGAACAUUCAGUCUACAGCCAGAGCUAGUGCUUGCUGCUGCUGAGACUGGAGAGAUUGUUGAUGCAUGA